AUGGGCAGCUUGUGCUCAAACAUUGAAAAGGACGAUGCACCUGGCGAGAAGGAUGGUCAGGGUAGAAGGAACAUCAACACGAAUACCAUCGCACGACGCUCGUCCAGAAGGCUACGGAAGCAUCAACAUCGUGACCCUCAUCACCUCAGGCACCAAGAAGACAUGGACAAGGCCCAAGAAAUGAUCGAAGCCCACGAUAAAGUCAUCAAGAUGGCCGGCGAUGGCAGUCGCCGGAAACCUACUAUACUCGAUCAUAGCGGCCCGAACACGAGAUCAACUAUCGCCGCUUCAAAAAUAGAUGGCCCUGAUGAGUACUUUCGCCAAAGACAAGAAAUCAAGAAUCGCGAGCAGACACUGUCAUUUGAUUUCCGCGCAAAGAUGCUGGCAUCACACAACGAGAAGAGGGCCAACGACAUCAUUCAAAAACUCAAGGCAAAAGACCAGCGCGAGGUGUAUGGCGCGGCUGAGCCAAGGCAAGGGUGGGGUGGUCAGAAGCAUUCGCGCUUUCCUGCUGACCAUUUCCUGUCCAACGUCGAUUUGAUCAACGAGACGAGCCUACUUCGAGUCGCGGUCAAGAUGCCAAAGGGGGCACAUCUUCAUAUUCAUUUCAACGCUUGCUUGCAGCCUAAUGUAUUGCUCGGCAUCGCAAAGACUAUGAACCGCAUGUUCAUCAAUAGCGAUCUGUCCUUGGCGCCGAGUGGUACAGAAGGUGAGGCCCUUCACCGGUGUGAAAUCCAGUUUUCCAUCUUGCCGCCCGAGAAGGAAAAGGGAAACCCGGGGAACCUCUUCGAGACCAACUAUAAGGAACGACAAAUGAUGAAAUACUCAGAGUUUCUCAAAGCGUUUCCGAAAUAUUACAAAGGUAUAAACCCCGAGGAAUGGCUCACAAGGAAACUUGUCUUCCAUGAGGAUGAAGCACACAACGCGCUUCAAACAGUCCAGGGAGCUUGGGAAAAGUUUAACGGCCGGACGCGCAUGAUGAAAGGGCUCUUCAAUUAUGAAACCGCCUACCGGAGAUACACCCGGGGAAUUCUUGAAGAUUUUGUCCGCGACAACAUCCAGUAUGCCGAGAUUCGGCCUAACUUCAUGAAGACAAACCAGCUCUGGACUGACGAUGGAACGCGGCAAAUUGACAACGACGGUAUCAUGAACAUGAUUAUCGAAGAGUGCGAAAAGUUUCAGCGCGAGACUAAAGACUAUUUUGGCGGGCUGAAGGUCAUCUAUUGCACACCUCGGUCCUUUUCCAAUGACACGGUGGCAUUUGCACUUGAUGAAUGUCUCAAGUUCAAGCAGAAAUGGCCCAAGUGGAUUGCCGGAUUUGAUCUGGUCGGCGAAGAAUCCAAGGGCCGCCCUCUGCGGGAUUUCAUCGCAGAGUUCCUCGCCUUUAGGCAAAAAUGCGAAGAAGCCAGUGUCGAUAUUCCAUUCCUAUUCCACUGCGGAGAGACGACAGACAUUGGCAAUGAGACGGACGGCAACCUCGUGGAUGCGCUUUUGCUCAACUCGAAGCGCAUCGGCCACGGUUUUGCGCUGGCCAGGCAUCCCUACAUUAUGGAGCACAUGAAGAAGAGGGGCAUCUGCCUCGAGGUGUGCCCAAUCUCGAACGAGGAGCUCGGUCUCACGCCCCGGAUUACAGGCCAUUCAAUGUACAAUUUGCUUGCCAACAACGUACAUUGCACAUUAAAUUCAGAUAACGGAACAAUAUUCAGAUCAACUCUUUCACACGAUUUCUACCAGGCGAUGGUGGGUAAGACAGACAUGACCUUGCACGGCUGGCGACAGCUCAUUGAGUGGAGUCUAGAGCACUCUUGCAUGUCAAAAGAAGAACUCGCGGCAGUGCGGAUGGAAUGGGAGAAGCGCUGGAAAAAGUUCUUGGAAUGGAUCCUGACAGAGUUUAAGGAUUUGGAUGGAGAAACUUCGAAGUAG